UUGUUUUCAUCUCACCCAAAUCCAAGAACUGCAGCAGAGCUGACGCUCCCACUCAAGCCCAUAUCUAACGACCGUCACGAUACCCACGACCCUACUACGCCUACACCCGAACAGCGCCAGCGGCGAAGAAUACUUCGAAGGACUCAUAUUGAAGCAGCUUCUGCCGGAAUAUAUCCUCCGCCUCGAGUGGGAUUCGCUCAUCGACAAGCAAGUGAAGACGAGUUCACACAUGAUUUCGAAGACGAACCCGAUACUGAACCUCAUCUAACAAGUGAGCAUCCCUCUCCAGAAGCAGAAAAAAGUUCUUCCUAUCCUCCACGUAUCGAUAAGCAUACUGCGAGUGCCAUCCUUUAUACCCUCGAAGAGGCGUUGCGUCAUCCCAAUCCCUUCACUCCAGAUUAUAUUGAAGAAAACGCCUCAAUGUCAGAUUUGUUAGGCGGAGCUACGAGCUCGGCUAACAAUGACGCUAGACCCGUAGCUUCUGGUUCGCCCCACAUUCGUGGUCCAAGAGACAUUAUGAGAGAUCGACAAGCUCGGGAAGCGCGAAAAGCAUCUGAAGCAUCUGAACAAAAAGCCAGAGCAGCCGAACAAAAACGAAACGAAGAAGAAUUAAUGCGACAGGCAGAGAGAAGAGCAGCUGCUGGCGCUGCAGCACAAAGAUCAGAAGAGCGUGGUGAAGGACAACAAAGAAUUUCGGGCAACUCGCAAAGAGUAGAUCGAAGAGCUGGAGAUCGAACAACUAGUGGUGGGGAGAGUAUCAAGCCAGUUGAGCAACUAGUUCAGAGACGUAGUACUACAACACGAGCUCCUUCAGGCCCAGAGGUCGCACCUCUUCGAUUACCAAUGCUGUCGCAAUCAAAACCCGCCGAGACUGGAGGUCCAAGUCAACCAGGUCCAUCUACUGGAGCCGGUCCAUCUCAACCUCCACCCUUGACCGUUCCAAGCCGUGAAGGCCCAACUCGAUCCUCUUUUCCUCAUGCAUUCGAGCGCUGGGAAACCCUCUCCGCACAUUGGGAGGGCCUUACGAGUUUCUGGCUUCGCAGACUUGAAGAAAAUUCCUCGGAGAUCAAUCGCGACCCUCUUUCACAGCAACUGUCUCGACAAAACACCGAUUUAUCAGCUGCUGGUGCGAACCUGUUUCAUGCUGUCGUCGAAUUACAACGUUUACGAGCUUCCUCCGAGCGCAAAUUUCAGCGUUGGUUUUUCGAGACAAGAGAACAAGAAGAACGUGCUACCGAGAAUCUGGCAGUGAUGGCUAAACAAUUGGAGGAUGAGCGUAACUCUAGAAGUCAAGCUAUCAAGGAGGCUAUUGAGGCUGACAGACGCAAGGAUCACUCUGAAAAGGUCACUUCUGAGUUGAAGAGAGAGCUAGAGAUUGCAAGAAGUGAGGCUCGCCGAGCAUGGGAUGAACUUGGCCGUCGUGAGACAGAAGAACGUGAGCGAACCAUCUCUUUGCGAGAAGGUCAGCCAACUUUACUGGGUGGAGUCCAGGUCGUUCCAAUGAUCCAAGGUGUUCCAAGUCGACAUGGAAGCACUGCUGGUCGAGAUGUUCCACCGACGAGACAAGGAGGUCCCUCUGAUUCUGGAAGUGGAAGUGCGCGCACAGGAGGCCGCGUCGCCGAUCCUGAGAGCCCAACCGGAUCCAAUGAAGCUUAUCAGCAGCAUCAACGCUCUCAUCGUGCUGAACCCUCUGAUCCCUUCAUCGAGAGUAUUCGUCAACGUCAAGCUGCUGCAGCAAUAUCUGCACCAUCCUCAUCCGCUGGACCACAAUACACUCAAGCACCAGCCGUACUACCUGUGUCCCAAAGUGCCUACUACCAACAACCUGAGGGUCGUCCGGUUCAUUCAAGCACUCAAGCUGGCCAGACCCAAGGACAGGACGAUGGAUCAAAUAGUGAUGAUGAAUAUGAGAUUGAUGAACAAGGUCGCUAUGUCCUCGAUACCGCUGGCAACAGAAUUCGAUAUGCAAGUGUCGUUUCUGAUGAUGAUACAGCUGAGUAUGAGCAUAGUCCUCGUCAACAUCGUCAAGGCCGUGCUCCAGUUACUGGACCUCCAAUCCCAAUGUCUGGUGUCGAGUACGGACAAGGACCAACAACUACCACUGCCGGUAAUCCAGCUUCUACUCCUGCUGCCCCAGUCAAUUAUUCGGGAUCCGGAUACGGUGCCGGUGGUGCAGGUACAAGCGCAGGUGCAAGUGCGGGUGCAGGUGCAGGUUGGGAGUCCUUCCCUCGUCAUCAUCAUCCAACUCGUCUCAGUGAUGUUUUGGAAGAAGAUGAGAGAAGUCGUACUAGUGCGAGCCAAGUCAGUCGACGCGAAUAG